GACACCGCAUGACUAAACCUUAUGCCUGAAACCAGCACCACUCCCGACGUCUCCACAACUGAACCAAGCACACAGAACACUGUUUUUCAACCACGAACUAUUGAACUACCUGUUGCAUCAACAAACGAUAGCAACACCCACUCAGUCCAGCUGACGUCUGCACCUCCUGACCAAGAAAGCAUCAUCCCACACACUGAGGUGCCAGAAAGUGCUGUUUUGGUUAUCUGUACCCACAACGAAACACACAAAACAUACCCUAACUGCUUAUCGAUCAACACACAAGCCCCAACACCAAAACUCCUGGGGAACCUGAUCGAGAAGGGAGUGGCUCGGAAACUCUACGUAACCAUCACUUUAGAAAAGGAAAUGAGACUCGAAGCCCUUGUGGACACAGGCUCAGACCUCACGUUGAUUUCAGCUCAACUAUUUGAUAAGCUCAAAUUUGAAGCUCAGAGACAGAAUCGAACUCUAAAUUUUCACACUUGCAAGCUGAAUGUGCAGUCAUACAGCCAAAAUGACAUCCAGCUCAGAAACGUAGCUCCCAUCGACCUGACGAUUGGUCCUAUGAGUCUAGUACAUCCUAUUUAUGUCUCACCAAUGGACAAUUAUUCAUUUCUCAUCGGGAAAGACCUGCUAAAUCGCUUUGAGCCUUUACUGGAUUUCAAACAGCUGAAAGUCUGGGCUCAAGUGCGAGAACCUCUUCCCCUCCAGCCACACAGUUCACCGGUGCCAGACGGUCAGGUCACAGAGGUCACGACAAUUCCCACGGUACCAGACUGUCAGGUCACAGAGGUCACGACAAUUCCCACAGAGCCAGACUGUCGGGUCACAGAGGUCACGGGAACCCCAGCAGCCAGCCAUAGGUAUCCAGCCUCAACAACGAACCAAGGCUCAAGUUCGAUCCUCUGUACCUUCAAGGCCACUAAAGACUCUGAUACCUACUGCCCCAAGGUCAAAACCGAACUGCAGCUGCAUGAUAUAACAACAACGGACAGUAUUCUGGCCAUAUGGGCAGACAACUCAGCCAUUAGUCUCUCACUAUACAAUGCAAUCACUGAGAAGACACCUGACCUCCCUUAUGCCAGCAAGCGCACUCGUUUCCCUUUGAACUCACACCCAUCCUCAAUGGUGUCUGCUGGAGGAAUCUGCGCUUUGCAUGUGAAAUGGAAUUACCGGUGCCUGACUCAUUAUUUCCUGGUCCUUCCGGACCUGCCCCACGAUGUUUACAUUGGAGCAGACCUCUUGAUUUGCCUCAAGGCUCAUGUGGACACUUUUAAUGAAGUUGUAUGGGCCCCAUUGACUUUGCAGCCACACGUUUCCAUCAACCAUGACAACCUCAUAUCAGGGCAGACCAUCCCAGAAGUCUGCACUUUAGUCAACGAACAGGAAAUGGUGGUACCAGCCUACACCAAAGGGGUCGCUAUUCGGCUCAACAUGCGAUGGGGUCAAACCUUAAACCACACGCUGGGUUUCUUCCAACCCUCACCUGAAUGUGUGGAACUCGGACUCACACUGGAAGCCACACCCCUCAUUGAAGUGUCAUCUCGUGUAGUCUACAUCCUGUUCAACAACUGCACGGCAACUGACAUCAACAUUCCCAAGGCCUACCGGCUGGGAUGGCUAGUGAGCAAUGACUUUCAUGAUUUUGAACUUGUACUACCUGUCAUUGGUCCCAUUCCACCUGCACUGAUACCCGAAGGGAAUACAGACAAUACAUUGUUCACUGCACCCUUCAAACUCAUUGCCAUCACAUCUGUUAUGUCGGUGUGUAAAGACCAAGUGUGCAGAACGGAGCUGACCGAGGACCAACACCUCACAAUAUACACAAUCUCCCACCAGAACGUUGGUGAGGCUAAUGAAUCUACUACACCUCUCAAUACCAACCCGACUGAUGACACACCGAUGGAGGAGCCUUACCCAGGUUUUGAAUCUCAAGUGCAGCAAAUUCUACAAGACGCAAAUGCACUUCAGAGCGAUACGGAUCGUCAAGGACUCAGACAAGUUCUGUAUAAGUUCAAAGAAUCCUUUGCCAAAGACUCUCUAUGACCGCCAUCAGUUCGUAGCAGUGAAUGAAGAUGUAUCAUAUCGAUCACAAGUGCAGUAUGGAGUACCUCAAGGCUCAGUUCUAGGGCCGCUACUCUUCACGCUUUAUAUGUUACCCUUGGGAGAUAUCAUCAGGAAACAUGGUGUUAGCUUUCACUGUUAUGCUGAUGAUACGCAGCUCUAUAUUUCCUCGCAGCCCGGUGAAACACACCAAUUUGAAAAACUAAUGGAAUGCAUAGUCGAUAUAAAAAAUUGGAUGACGAGUAAUUUCUUACUGCUAAAUUCAGAAAAAACAGAGGUGUUAAUCAUAGGGCCUAAAAACUCUACUUGUAAUAACCUAGAACACUGUCUAAGACUUGAUGGUUGCUCUGUCAAUUCUUCGUCAUCAGUUAGGAACCUAGGUGUGCUACUUGAUCGCAAUCUUUUCUUAGAAAGCCACGUUUCUAGCAUUUGUAAAACUGCAUUUUUUCAUCUCAAAAAUAUAUCUAAAUUACGGCCUAUGCUCUCAAUGUCAAAUGCAGAAAUGUUAAUCCAUGCAUUUAUGACUUCAAGGUUAGACUAUUGUAAUGCUUUAUUGGGUGGUUGUUCUGCACGCUUGGUAAACAAACUACAGCUAGUCCAAAAUGCAGCAGCAAGAGUUCUUACUAGAACCAGGAAGUAUGACCAUAUUAGCCCGGUCCUGUCCACACUGCACUGGCUCCCCAUCAAACAUCGUAUAGAUUUUAAAAUAUUGCUUAUUACUUAUAAAGCCCUGAAUGGUUUAGCACCUCAGUAUUUGAAUGAGCUCCUUUUACAUUAUACUCCUCUACGUCUGCUACGUUCUCAAAACUCAGGCAAUUUGAUAAUACCUAGAAUAUCAAAAUCAACUGCGGGCGGCAGAUCCUUUUCCUAUUUGGCGCCUAAACUCUGGAAUAACCUACCUAACAUUGUUCGGGAGGCAGACACACUCUUGCAGUUUAAAUCUAGAUUAAAGACCCAUCUCUUUAACCUGGCAUACACAUAACAUACUAAUAUGCUUUUAAUAUCCAAAUCCGUUAAAGGAUUUUUAGGCUGCAUUAAUUAGGUAAACCGGAACCGGGAACACUUCACAUAACACCCUAUGUACUUGCUACAUCA